AUCGCCAUUCCUCCUCCAACAUCAUCAUGCGAGCCCUCGACCGCAGCCUCUUCCAAUUCCUGGCCCAAUCCCUCCAGACUCACCACCGCUUCCUCACCGGCCGCAUCACCCGCCCGGAAGACACCCCGAUCUACGUCAUCGGCAACCCGUCAGCGGACCUGGACUCGAUCAUCUCCGCGCUGGUCUACGCCUACUUCACCCACCAACACCCACGCCCUCACGUCCCCCUAAUCAACCUCGCCGAUGUCCCCUCCGGGCCCGAACUCCGCCGUCUACGUCCUGAAUUCAUCGAAGCCCUCCGCCUCGCCACGCACCCGGAGCAACAACCUAAAGAUCUGCACAACCACAUCCUAACCGUCGCCGACUUCGCCGCGCACCUCACCCACCUCCCGGAAAACAAUGGCAGAUUCCCAUCUACACCCAUCGACGCCAUCCUCGUCGACUGGAACGCGCUGCCCAACCGCCACCCCACCGCACGGGGCCAGGGCACGCUCCCCGGCCUCUCGGACAUCACCUUCAACGUCGUCGGCUGCAUCGACCACCACGCGGACGAGCACUUCCUCCCCCCCAUCGCAGCCGACCAACCCUUCCUCAUUCAACCCACGGGAUCCUGCACCUCGUUAGUAGUGAGCAUGUUAGAGCGAAUGGGGCGGUGGGUUUCUCAGCCCUCAUCUCCGUCUUCUCCCCCCUCAACAACCGAAGAAGACACACGCCGAAGGCAUCACGGAAAACAACUCAGCAAGCUCGCUCUAGCGCCUAUACUAAUCGAUACCGCUAACUUCACCGCCAAGGAGAAGGUCACGGAUGCAGAUACCCUCUCUUAUAGCUUCCUACGGGCGAAGAUCAAUUCUGUUGGGGAGUGUGGUGGGAGUGGUAGUGGUGAGCUCCAUGGGAACGGGGCGGGAGCAGCCGCGGGACAGCAAGCAUGGGACCAUAACGCGCUCUAUCGACUGAUCGCGCACGCUAAGGAGAAUAGUCUCGAGUUGUUGACUGUUGAUGAGGUGUUGGGAAGGGAUUAUAAGGAGUGGGUUGUUGUUCCUUCCACUUCUUCUAAGAAGAAGAAUGAGGGGGACGCGGGUAAGGUAUCGCACUCCUCUUCCCCGGAUAAUCAUCAGAACGCACCUCGCGGUGUGAAGAUAGGCAUCUGCUCCGUCGUCAAGUCCCUUCCCUGGGUGAUUCGCAAAGCAGAUACCCCUGCGCGGUUCUGGGAGGUUCUGGAGACGUUCGCUGCACAGCGCGAGCUGGAUGUCGUUGUGGUGAUGACUGCUUUUUCGGCUUCUUCUUCUUCGGCAACCGAAGCGGAGGGAAAGGAAGAGCGCGGCCGGUUCGCGCGCGAACUUCUGGUUUGUGUGCCUGACCGGAACCGAAAGGUUGCCGUGGAGGGUGUUCGGGUGUUUGUGGAGCGGGCGCAGACGGCAUUAGGGCUGGAGGAGUGGCGCGCGUUGUCGCCAGACGAUGAGGAUGUGGUGCGCGAGGUCCGGGUGGCGCUUGAGCGCGAGUCUACCACCGACAUAUGGAAGGGGGUGUGGGUGCAGGGCGAUGUCUCCAAGAGUCGGAAGCAGGUUGCGCCUUUGCUUAGGGAGGCGGUGGGGUCUGUUUGAGUUGAGUUUUCAACUCCAGGUAAGUCUGAUGGUUGUGGUGUAUCUAGCGUUGGUUUGGUCUAGUGUAUAUACAUACGUAACUUGCUUAUGCCUCGAUAUAGA